UGCAUCCUCAACGUGGGGAUUCCCCCCCCAUCUAACCUCGGUACACGCGUGCCCCGGCCUUUGCGCUCAUAACCUACCCCAACGCAAGCUUUCUGGUACCUUGAUGCAAUGGCGUCGGGCGCCAGCGAUACCGGCGCUCCUCAGAAAGAGGCAGAGAAGGUUGUACCAACUGAGCAAACGAAACAGAAGACCGCAGCAACACUCGAGGAUGUGGACGACGUCCCUGACCCGGACGAGGAUGACCUCGACGACCUUGAUGAGAUGCUCAAUGAGUUCUCGACGGUGAAGAUCGACGCACAAAAGCCAGAAGCCCCGCCAGGGCUAGCCGCGGCUCCUGCUGCUGGCGCCACCGCGGAGGAGGCUCUGUCUGAGGAGGAAUUCGCAAGGCAGCUUCAAGCUGGCAUGGCCGAUUUGCUAGGGGAGUUGGAGAAAUCGCCGGAGAUGCAGGCGCAGUUCGAGAGCAUAUUCAAAGAGCUGGGCGCUGCGGCAUCAGCAAACGCGGACCCAGCCUCGUCAGCCCCAACCCCACCAGCGGCUGGCAGCAGCUCCUCAAAAUCAGGUCCUACCGGCGCCGAAGCUUCGUUCCAAGAAACCAUCCGCCGCACGAUGGAGCGCAUGCAAGCUUCGGGCGAGCAGGCGACGGCCGCGGCGGCGGCUGAAGGGUCGGACGAUUUUCUUGCGGAGCUCUUGAAGCAGAUGCAGAACGGAGGCUUCGACGGCGAGGGGAGCGAGGAGGAGUUCUCCAAGAUGCUGAUGGGCAUGAUGGAGCAACUCACCAACAAGGAGAUCCUCUAUGAGCCCAUGAAGGAGCUUGAUGACAAGUUUCCCGAGUGGCUGGAGAAGAACCGGGACAAGACACCAGCGGAAGAGUUCAAGCGGUACGAGGAGCAGCAGGUGCUGGUCAGGGAGAUUGUUCGAAAGUUUGAGGAGCCGACAUUCUCGGACUCGAACGCGGCUGAUCGAGAAUACAUUGUCGACCGGAUGCAGAAGAUGCAAGCCUCCGGGUCGCCGCCGUCAGAUCUUGUCGGGGAAAUGCCCUCAGCCCAGGACGUACUUAACAUGCCGGACGAGUCGUGCAAUCCCCAAUAGGUGCUUUUGCGGCCGCUUGAAAGGAAGGUCAGGUUGCCAGGUUCAUUUAGGAUACGGGAUAUACCCUUCCCAUAAUAUACCGUCAGGUCUCAACACGUUGAUCCGAUCCGUUAUACAUAG